AUGGUAGUGUUCGAGAGAACGGAAAGGAUGAAAUCGUAUCAAACGAUCUGCCAACUGAUGGCCUACUGCUAUCUGUUCCAACUGACUGCAGGUCUACCGUUCAGCUUCCCGGAAAGUGGUCAAAGUAGCAGUGGAAGAGGUGCCAGCACUCGAGAGAAUCUAUCAUCUCGUGCAGCGUCCUCCCGGUCGGACACUGGUUCGUCACGACAAGAGGCGUUUGAGGGACGCAGCAUCCGUGGACAGCAACCAUCCGGUAACCGUUACCAAUUCCCGGACAUCUACAGUCGCUACCAGGUGCACGAGGAUGAUCCGGAUCCGCCUGGAGUGGUCAAUCGAAGGACGACACUGGGUCCCUUCCUACAACGACCUGCCCUGUCGUCGUCGUCGUCGGGUGGUAUCACACCGCCACCUCCCCUCUACACAACCAGAUCCGAUCGACCCAACGCGGCAUUCAAUCGACUGCCUCCGGUGAAAAACGAUGAGCCAAUCCAGGCGGAAGCAUCCGACGAUUACGAGGGCGAUGAUGAUGACGAUGAUGAUGUGGGUGAGGAAGGGCAACCGGAUAAACCGGUGACCGCUUCGGCAGCACUUUACAAUCCUUCCAGUGGCAUCCAGCGGCCAGGAACCUCCUCCUCCUCCUCCUCAAACACCGUUAAUAAUCUGUUUUACGGUUUUGGUGACAAAUUUGGCGGAUUGUUCGGUGAAAACCGUCACAAGUUCAAGUACAAGCGACGGAAACCUGGACAACCUUGCAUUCCGUACAGUUUGUUCCACAAGCUCAAGUACGGACGGGAUCUGCAGGGUAAUCCGGUCGAUCCGAAGACACUUCUGCCGAACCUGAACCUCAUUCUGGCCGAUUUGAACUACUACGCUCCGAACAACAAUCUGUACGGCGGCGGAGAUCAUGCAAGCGAUGCGGUGGGUGGUGGAGGGGCGCUGUUUAACAAUCAUUUCUAUGAUGCCGUUGGGGGUUACCCUUGCCAAGGGGUGAACUUUGGUGGAGGCAAUAAACCGUUCCAGCCGUUCAAACCUCACCGACCACACGGUGGACCGUUGGGGUUCUUCGGUCAGGGUGGUCUGUUCGAUUGGGUCUCAUCGGCUGAUGCCGUUCAAGCGGACGAAGGAGUUGGUGAUGGCACGCCAAGCGGCAAUCGGCCUACUGUGGUGUUUAAUCUCAACGAUGCCAUCGACACAGUGGCCACCAAUUGGCGACCGGGCGAAAGCUUCCAGAAGGUGAUGGGAGUGAUAGCGGAUUUUAUCACUCAAGUAGCGGGCGGUGCUGUGGCGCCUGUCGCCGAUGUGGCAACGGAUGUACGUACCAUCAAUCGAGAGUUCUUCAGUCUCUUCGGGUAG